AGAGCCGUGCGCAGCGGCGUGUGUGGGGCCGUGUGCAGACCCGCGUGUGGCGCAGGCAAGGACCCUGAAAAUAAACAGCCACUGCCUUUCGAGUCGCUGUUCCCGGGCCUGCGUCCGAGUCUCCGCCGCCGCGGCCGCUCCGACGCCGAAGCUCUUAACUGCAGCCAUGAGCAGCAAUGAGUGCUUCAAGUGUGGACGAUCUGGCCACUGGGCCAGGGAGUGCCCUACUGGUGGAGGACGGGGUCGUGGAAUGAGAAGCCGUGGCAGAGGUGGUUUUACCUCGGAUAGAGGUUUCCAGUUUGUUUCCUCGUCUCUUCCAGACAUCUGUUAUCGCUGUGGUGAGUCUGGUCACCUUGCCAAGGAUUGUGAUCUUCAGGAGGAUGAAGCCUGCUAUAACUGCGGUAGAGGUGGCCACAUUGCCAAGGACUGCAAGGAGCCCAAGAGGGAGCGAGAGCAGUGUUGCUACAACUGUGGCAAACCCGGCCAUCUGGCUCGUGACUGUGACCACGCGGAUGAGCAGAAGUGCUAUUCUUGUGGGGAAUUUGGACACAUUCAGAAAGACUGCACCAAAGUGAAGUGCUACAGGUGCGGUGAAACUGGUCAUGUAGCCAUCAAUUGCAGCAAGACAAGCGAAGUCAACUGUUACCGCUGUGGCGAGUCAGGGCAUCUUGCACGGGAAUGCACUAUUGAGGCUACAGCCUAAUUAUUUUCCUUUGUCGCCCCUCCUUUUUCUGAUUGAUGGUUGUAUUAUUUUCUCUGAAUCCUCUUCACUGGCCCAAGGUUGGCAGGUAGAGGCUACUCCCAGGCCAGUGAGCUUUACUUGCCGUGUAAAAGGAGGAAAGGGGUGGAAAAAAAACUCGACUUUCUGCAUUUAACUACAAAAAAAAGUUUAUGUUUAGUUUGGUAGAGGUGUUAUGUAUAAUGCUUUGUUAAAGAACCCCCUUUCCGUGCCACUGGUGAAUAGGGAUUGAUGAAUGGGAAGAAUUGCGUCAGACCAGUAAGCCCAUUCUGGGUUUCUUAAAUAUUCCCAUGUAAGAGGUGAAACCAAUUCUGGAAGUUUCUAUGAACUUCCAUAAAUAACUUUAAUUUUAGCAUAAUGAUGGCCUUGGAUUGUCUGACCUCAGUAGCUAUUAAAUAACAUCAAGUAACAUCUGUAUCAGGCCCUCAUAGAACAUACAGUUGAGUGGGAGUAAACAAAAUGAGAAGGCAAACAAGUUAAAGGCUGUAGGAGAGAAAUUGGAAUAAAAGCCUAAGCCAGUACAGCUUUUCACAGCGCUGAUGCUGGAUAUACAGAUGGUGAUGGCAAAGGUUAAGAACACACAUUUUCAAAGACUAAAUCUAAAAACCCAGAGUGAACAUCGUUUCUCAGAGUUAGCAAAAUUUGGAUUUAUUCAGGAAUUGCAGAGAAAUGCAUUUUCACAGAAAUCAAGAUGUUAUUUUUGUAUACUAUAUCACUUAGACAACUGUGUUUCAUUUGCUGUAAUCAGUUUUUAAAAGUCAGAUGGAAAAAAGCAACUGAGUCCUAGGAAAUAGAAAAUGUAAUUUUAAACUAUUCCAAUAAAGCUGGAGGAGGAAGGGGAGUUUGACUAAAA